GCUAGCUACUUCCUUCACUUCAACAAUAAUAAUAAUAAUGGCUACUCAUCCCCAGUUAGUUCUAUUUCUUGUAUUUGCAGUUCUUAUAUCCCUCAACUCUUAUGUUACUGCCCUUAACCUUGGGGUUCAAGCUUCUGAUGGCCUUUCCUUGUCCACAGAAUGCAGCAGAAAAUGCGAAUCCAAGUUCUGCGGAGUGCCUCCAUUCUUAAGAUACGGGAAAUAUUGUGGGAUUCUGUACAGCGGAUGCCCAGGGGAGAAGCCCUGCGACGCACUUGAUGCUUGUUGUAUGCAGCAUGAUGAUUGCAUAGGACAAAAUGGCAACAAUUAUUUAAAUGAAGAAUGCAACAAGAACUUGCUGGGAUGUGCAACAAGGGUCAAAAAAUCUAAGGCUCCGACAUUUAAGGGGAACACUUGCAAUGUUGACGAGGUUGCGGACGUUGUUAUUGAUGUUGCCAAAGCUGCCAUUAUUGCUGGAAAAAUUGUUAAGAGUCCUUAGAAUUUAAUGAUGUCUCCAAUGUAAAAAAAAAAAAUGGAAGGUGUUGAGAUGUAUCAAAAAGAAGUUGUCUUUUGUGAUUUUAAUUUUCAAAUUAUUGUUUGAGCCUCACUAAGAGCAAGAUAAGUGAGGUUAUGUGAUGUGAUUGUCUUUAGUUUAUGGAAUUAUUUAUCUUCUAAA